AUGAAUUUGUCUUGUGGUUCGAGGACUAUUAAAUAUUUGAUAUUCAGUUUCAAUUUCUUUUUCGCGAUAACGGGGAUAAUUCUGAUUGCGGUGGGAGCGUCGAUACACGCCAAUUACCUAGAGUACAACUUUUUCCUGAGCAACCAUUACUUCUCUUUACCGAAUCUGCUGAUCGCCACCGGUUCCAUAAUAUUUUUCAUAUGUUUCCUAGGAUGUUACGGAGCCGUGAAGAACAGCUGGAUCAUGCUCCUGCUGUUCUCGGUGUUGCUGGGUGUCAUUUUCAUAUUCGAAUUUUCCGCCGGUAUCGCCGGUUACGUUCUGAGGGACAAAACGGAGGGUUUCCUCGAAUCGUCGAUGAAGGACACGAUUCAGGAGUAUCAGCAGGGCAAGCAGCCCGCCAUGCACAUGUGGGAUACCAUCCAAGAUAAUUUUAAAUGUUGCGGUGUAACAAGCUUAAACGACUGGAAUGCCACGGAUCCACGAUUACCGAUAUCUUGUUGUCCACGACAGGAAGGUGCUACGGGCACCUUUACUUGUAGCAAGAUUUCACCAACUCAGUCUACGGAGAAACCAGCAACCAAGGCGAGCACUCAGAAACCUAAUGAAGAUUCAAAUACUAAUAAAGCCAUUCGAAAGCGGCAGGUUCAAGUUAAUGCAGUUAACAGUAAUGCUGGAAAUGAUACUCAUAGUGAAGGAUCUGCAAAUACUAAUGCUAGUCCUGCUACUGCUACUAUGAGUAGUAAUGCUACUGAAACUUCAAUCUCCGCGUCUACUGUUGGAAAUAGUUCUCCUGAACCUACUAGUUCAACAAUUACGUCUUCAUCGAGACCGUCUGCAUCAAAUGUUGAUGCAAAUUCCACGACGACGACUGUUUUACCUUCUUCUACAACAAUUCCUUAUCCGGAGGGCUGUGCUCAAUCCUUCGGAAGUUGGGUGAAAGUACAUGCUGUUGAUAUCGGAGCAGUUUGUUUCACUUUGGCAGUUUUGCAGUUGAUCGGAAUCGGGUUUGCUUGCCACUUAUCUCAACAAAUGAAGAAGGCUUACUACAGUACGUAG